UGAACGUGUAAACGUGCAGCGCCUCGUCCAAUGGUAUAUGAAUGUUUAAACGUUGUUUUUGACAACAAAGCGGAAGUAGUUUUUUUUUUUUGAGUUUAGGGCAUCAACAUGAGCAACCUUUCGGAGGAAACUAUUGCAGAAUUUAAAGAAGCUUUUGGUUUGUUUGACAAAGACAAUAAUGGCCAGAUUACGAGUUCGGAACUUGGAACAGUAAUGAGAUCUUUAGGGCAAAAUCCAACGAAUGCUGACAUUACAGAUAUGAUAAAUGAAGUAGAUAGUGACGGUAGUGGAACAAUUAAUUUUACCGAGUUUACAAAUAUGAUGGGGAAAAAGAUGGAAAACAGUAAUCCAGUAGAAGAUCUCAGAGAAGCAUUCAAAAUUUUUGACAAAAACAAUGAUGGUAAAAUAGAUACUAAUGAACUUAAAAAGGUGAUGGUCAAUAUUGGUGAAAAAUUGACUGAUGAAGAAGCUAAUGAGAUGAUUAAAGAGGCAGAUGUCGACGGAGAUGGAAAGGUUAAUUACGAAGAGUUUGUAAAAAUGAUGACAAGUAAAACAGUUGUGUGAACAGACAAUGAUAUGACAUACAUUUUCACUUUUUGCUGCUACAAGUAAAAAGUUUUCUGUAGUUGUAUUUACAAAAUGCUGAAAGAUUCUAAGUGGAAAACCAAGAAAACAGUUCAUAAGAUAGCAUAAAAUAAAUUGAUAAUAUUACAUUAUAACCCCUAGCUUUGAUUUACAUAAAAUAUGUCACAAUACAAUGUUUUUGUAGGAG